AGCCCCCAGUGUCUUUGGAGUUCUCCACCACCAUGGUGCACCCAUGGGUGCUGGUUCUGCAAAGGGACCACCUGUGAGUGCUCCCCACCAAGACCACCCCUGGGCGCCUUCAAGGGGAAACUGAGGCAGGGAUGGUGGUGGGAGAGGCUGGGCCUCCCCUUAACCUUUUGGGAUCCAACCUAGACAAGGACCUGGAGCCCAUGGAGGAGCAGCUGGUGACAGGGGACCCCUCGUCUGUCACCCCUCAGUUGGUGGCACCCCCCGAGGCCGCCGGCAAGGACAUCAUCCCUGUGUACUGCUCCCUCCUGGCCGCCGUGGUGGUCGGGCUCCUUGCCUACGUGGCCUUCAAGUGCUGGCACACCUGCAGGCAGAAGCAGCAGCUGGCCAAGGCGCGGGCAGGGGACGUGGGGACGGCAGCAGAGGGGGAGAAGCUGCAGAGCGACAGCGGCGUCUGCCUGGACACCCACAGCCUGCAGGAGCCACACCAGCCCGGCAAGGCCCCCCGCCCCGAGGGACACCCUCUGUCGGGGCUGUCCCCGCAGCGGCAGGAGGAGGUGGAGCAGCUGCUGGAGGCGGGGGGCGCCGGGGGGGACUGGCGCUCGCUGGCCGCCAGCCUGGGCUUCAGCCCCGACGCCAUCGGCGCCUUCGGCCGCGGCCGGGCCCCUGCCCGCACCCUGCUCAGCGCCUGGGCCGCCUCCGAGGGGGCCACCGUGGACGCCCUCUGCCAAGCCCUGGCCGCCAUCGGCCGGCAGGAUGUGGCCCAGCGCUUGGUGGCCCCGGGGGAUGCCACCUCCGUGGUGUGAGCACAGCUCAC